CCUCCUCCUCCUCCUCCUCCUCCUCCUCGUCUUCUUCUUCUUCUCUUCUUCUUCUUCUUCUUCCAGCACUCUGCUGAAGUAAAACCCGAAGAAGACUUUCGCUGAAAGAAGGAGAGCCAGCGGACCGAGCGGAGCUCUCCGGGACUGUCCCCCGCCAUGAGCCUCUGAGCUCGGCCUGCAGCAGCGCACCGACCCGCCGACCGGGACCGGAGCAGAGGCCGGAUCGGACCGGAGAGGAGCUCGUCCGAGUGGACCCGGAGGACAGAGAUGUAGCAUGUGUGUUGGUGUGACCGGCGGACCAUCAUGCACCUCUUCCUGCUGCUGACCCUUCACGCCACAGCAGCCUUCGGACAGAUAGACCCCGCCCACUGCCGCUAUGCCUUGGGCAUGGAGGAUGGACGUAUUAAAGACGAUGACAUCACAGCCUCCAGCCAAUGGUACGAGACCACGGGACCCCAGUACGCCAGGUUGAACAGGGAGGAGGGGGAUGGCGCCUGGUGUCCUGAAGGUCAGCUGGAGCCUUCAGACAGUCAGUACCUUCAGGUGGAUCUGGGCCGGCUGACCUUCCUGACCGUGGUGGGGACUCAGGGGCGGUACGCCCGGUACUCGGGGAACGAGUUCUCCCGAGCGUACCGCCUCAACUACAGCCGGGACGGGCUGCUGUGGAGGUCCUGGAGGAACCGGCUGGGCAACACGGUGAUGCAGGGCAACAAGAACGCCUACACCUCCGUCAUCAACGACCUGCACCCGCCCGUCGUGUCCCGCUACGUCCGGCUGAUCCCGGUCACCAAGCUGUCCACCACCGUGUGCAUGAGGGCGGAGCUAUACGGCUGUCAGUGGGACGACGGCCUGAUCUCCUACGGCGGCCCCGAGGGUCAGCUCAUGAUGCCGCCCGGUUACCCAAUAGCCAGCCUCAACGACUCCACGUAUGACGGGGCACAUGAGAGGAGGAGGCUGGCUGGCGGUCUGGGUCAGCUGACGGACGGCGUGGUCGGCCUGGACGACUUCCUGCUGACGCGGCAGUACCACGUGUGGCCGGGCUACGACUACCUGGGCUGGAGGAACGACUCGCUGGGCGGCCUGGGAUACGUGGAGAUGCAGUUUGUGUUCGACCGGCAGAGGAACUUCAGCUCCAUGAAGGUUCACAGUAACAACAUGUUCUCCCGUGGAGUGAAGAUCUUCUCCUCCGUUUCCUGUUGGUUUAAGCCCCGCCUCAUCGCCAACUGGGAGGCGGAGCCUGUGGCAUUCAAGACGGUGCUGGACGACAGGAACCCGAGCGCCCGAUACGUCACCGUGCCGCUCACCCGCCGCGCCGCCAAAUCCUUAAGAUGCCGCUUUCACUUCGCCGACGUUUGGAUGAUGUUCAGUGAGAUCUCCUUUCAGUCAGAGGACACCGUCCUCCCGACCCUGACGGCUCUGGGCUCGACCUCGUCUCCGGUUAAGAAAGAGAGCACCGUGGCAUCCACACCUGCGCCAGCCAACCCGUCGGCCAGCGAGCCGACGCCCAGCGGGAACACGCCCGUCCUGAUUGGCUGCCUGGUGACCAUCAUCCUGCUGCUCGUCAUCAUCAUCUUCCUCAUCCUCUGGUGCCAGUACGUCUGCAAGGUGCUUGAGAAGGCUCCUCGGCGGAUCCUCGACGAGGACGUGACGGUUCGGCUGUCGUCCUGCAGUGACACCAUCAUCCUCCAGACCCCCCCUGUGCCCCCCCGCUCUGGCCACGCCCCCUCAGGCCCUGCGCACACAGACCCCCACUACGAGAGGGUCUUCCUGUUGGACCCUCAAUACCAGAACCCGGCGGCGCUGAGGAACAAGCUGCCGGAGCUGUCUCAGAGUGCCGAGGCGUCAGCGCUCCUCCUCGGUUCUCCUCUCUACGACCUGCUCCUGCUGACUUCCUGUCACAUGACUCCAGGCUGGCACCGAGCGUGUGGAGGCGGCUACGCCGAGCCCGACGUCACGCAGUGCACGCCCCACCAGUGUUUCCAUAGCAACGCGCCGCACUACGCCGAGACGGACAUCGUGCGGCUGCAGGGCGUCACCGGCAGCAACAUGUACGCCGUCCCCGCCCUCACCGUGGACUCGCUCACCAGGAAGGACAUCUCCGCCGCCGAGUUCCCACGGCAGCAGCUGAUCUUCAGGGAGAAGCUGGGGGAGGGGCAGUUUGGAGAGGUGCACCUGUGCGAGGCCGAGGGACUCCCAGAAUUCCUCGGGGAGGGGUCUCCUCUCCCGGAGAGGGACGGGCGCUCGGUGCUGGUGGCCGUUAAACAGCUGAGGGCCGACGCCACCGGCCAAGCCAGGAACGACUUCCUGAAGGAGAUCAAGAUCAUGUCUCGCCUCAACGACCCCAACAUCAUCCGGCUGCUGUGCGUGUGCGUGUCGUCCGACCCGCUGUGCAUGGUGACCGAGUACAUGGAGAACGGAGACCUCAACAUGUUCCUGUCGCAGCGGGAGAUCGAGAGCACGCUGACGCACGCCAACAACAUCCCGUCCGUCAGCCUGUCCGACCUCCUCCACAUGUCGGUGCAGAUCUCGUCGGGGAUGAAGUACCUGGCGUCCCUGAACUUCGUGCACCGCGACCUGGCCACCAGGAACUGCCUGCUGGACCGCCGCCUCACCAUCAAGAUCGCCGACUUCGGGAUGAGCCGGAACCUGUACAGCAGCGACUACUACCGGAUCCAGGGCCGGGCGGUGCUGCCCAUCCGGUGGAUGGCCUGGGAGAGCAUCCUGCUGGGUAAGUUCACCACGGCCAGUGACGUGUGGGCGUUCGGCGUCACCCUGUGGGAGAUCUUCACUCUGUGCAAGGAGCAGCCCUACAGCCUGCUGUCCGACGAGCAGGUCAUAGAGAACACUGGCGAGUUCUUCAGGAACCAGGGCAGACAGAUCUUCCUCUACGGGCCUCCUCUCUGCCCACCUUCCCUCUUUGAGCUGAUGAUGCGCUGUUGGAGCCGGGACAUACCCGACCGACCCACCUUCGAGGGACUCUACCAAGCCCUGAGGCCCCACGUCCACCAGUGAGCCGGAGCCACUGGUGGACGGACUUACUGGUGUACGACUGACACCAGUAGGUCCAGGACUGGAAUUACGUAACAAGAGUAAGCAGCGUUCAGAGGGAAGAAGGAACUAGCAGGACUCAAGAUGGAGGGAGGGGAGACGAGCCGGUCAACUCAGAGGACACCUGUCAGUCGUUGGUGAACUAAGAUUUCUAUCAUUUCUGAUUUCACAGUUCUAUCCGUCUCUUUAAAUCCCCUUUGACCAAGACGUCUUGACAUAUCUUUUUAUCACGUUGUUUUGUGCCCAAAGUUUCAUGAGCUUUAUAUUCUUCUUCUGUUUGGCUUAUAAAGAUGCCGACAACUGGACAGACUCCUCAGUCUUGGUAGUUUCCCCAGUCCCUAUGUGUGUUUUUUAUUGUAAUUGUAAAGCACUGUCUGUGUCUCUCAGUUAUACAUGUUCAUAUAUUAACCCACACUGGAGCUAGGGUUAGGGUCAAACUGUAGUGGAGCUUUAUUUCUAGAUUUGUAUUGGAUUUUAUUUUUCUUGUUUUCAGUUGGUCUUUUUUUUGUGGAUAUGAAUGUUGUCCAGCUGAGGUUCACAGACUGAACAUCCGUCAGUGGGUGAUUACAGAGAGGAAGUCUGUUGGAGGCACACGGAAACCAAGCCAACAAUGGGCUGUUCCUCUCUGGUUGCCAAAGAGAAGGAAAGAGUGUACGUGAUUCAACAAUUGCAGGAUUCCAUUUAUUUGUAAAACUCAAUAUACCAUUACCAUCUGCAAGUUGGUGGAUGCUUUCACACAAAGUGCCUUAAAUGUGUAGCACGAGUGCUACCGCUGGGAAUCAAGCCACCGUGAGCAGGUCGCUAACAGAGUGUCUCAUGUGUGUUGGGCCUAAACGAUGUCUUUAGGGUUAGUGUUGGGCCUAAAUGAUGCCUGUAGGGUUAGUGUUGGGCCUAAACAAUGUCUUUAGGGUUAGUGUUGGGUCUAAAUGAUGUCUUUAGGGUUAGUGUUGGGCCUAAAUGAUGGCUGUAGGGUUAGUGCUGGGCCUAAAUGAUGCAUGUGGGGUUAGUGUUGGGUCUAAAUGAUGCCUGUAGGGUUAGUGUUGGGUCUAAAUGAUGCCUGUAGGGUUAGUGUUGGGUCUAAAUGAUGCCUGUGGGGUUAGUGUUGGGUCUAAAUGAUGCCUGUGGGGUUAGUGUUGGGUCUAAAUGAUGCAUGUAGGGUUAGUGUUGGGUCUAAAUGAUGCCUGUAGGGUUAGUGUUGGGCCUAAAUGAUGCAUGUGGGGUUAGUGUUGGGCCUAAAUGAUGCCUGUAGGGUUAGUGUUGGGUCUAAGCGAUGCCUGUAGGGUUAGUGUUGGGCCUAAAUGAUGCCUGUAGGGUUAGUGUUGGGUCUAAAUGAUGCCUGUAGGGUUAGUGUUGGGCCUAAAUGAUGCAUGUGGGGUUAGUGUUGGGCCUAAAUGAUGCCUGUGGGGUUAUUGUUGGGCCUAAAUGAUGCCUGUAGGGUUAGUGUUGGGCCUAAAUGAUGCAUGUGGGGUUAGUGUUGGGCCUAAAUGAUGCCUGUAGGGUUAGUGUUGGGCCUAAAUGAUGCCUGUGGGGUUAUUGUUGGGCCUAAAUGAUGCCUGUAGGGUUAGUGUUGGGCCUAAAUGAUGCCUGUAGGGUUAGUGUUGGGCCUAAAUGAUGCCUGUGGGGUUAUUGUUGGGCCUAAAUGAUGCCUGUAGGGUUAGUGUUGGGUCUAAGCGAUGCCUGUAGGUUUGUGUUGGAGCCCUUAGACUGUGGAUAUGCUUUGUCUCCAUUAGCCCUGCUCUGCCCUCGGGUUGUCGUUGGGUUUGCGCCUCCAAAGAUUAGCCAGCUAGCCAGAAAGAAACACGUUAAAGUCCGUAGUUUCAUCACGAGACAACAACCGUGAAACAAAAGGAUUAAAGUAUUUAUGGAACUUAAACGGGGCCUUUGCAGCAUUUUAAACUAGGAUAGAGACACACAACACAACAAGCCACCAGGUUGAGUUUAGUAACUAAGUGAAGACAUGAUGGAGUCUCUCUGGAAAUGCCAGUUAGCAAACUGAGCAGCUAGCUUGCUAGUUCUCUGAGGUCAUAGGAGACAAGGUUGGCUUUACUUUAAGGACACAUACUAACCCCUAUGUUGGGCUUAAUGGAACCUCGCACUCCUUCAGAUCCUUUAUCCAUCCCUCCUUCCUUCAGUCAUUUCACCGGAUACAUCUAAAUAAUACCCUCAAGAUAAUAGUACAUAAGAUAACUACACAAACAAUCAGACUCCUAUCCAGUACAUAUAUAUAUAUAUCUAUAUAUAUAUAUAUAUAUAUGUGGGUGAGAUCACCUGUCAUCCAAUCAGACGGGCCCCAAACAUGUUGCUUCAGUAGCAGAGUAUUACAGCAGUACAAUACAUCCAUGCAGAAGGUUUAUUGUACAUGUUGUGGGUGCUCACAUAAUGAUGCAUGUUGAGUAAAGCUGUAGACUCAAUGCAUUGUACAUAUUCAUCAACUAUGAACUGCAGAUCGUGGGAAGGUUUGUUCAUUUAUCAUUCAGAGCCUGAUUUAUACAACAUUGUGUUGCUAAAAACAGAGACAAUCUAUUUUUAAAUAUGUUUGACAAUACUUUCUGAUUCAUGGAUUGAUACAAAACAAUAUCAUCAAACCGUUGACUCUAAUACAAUGUUAAACCUGGCUAAUAGUAUUAAAACUAGCACAUAUUUAAUAAGAUAAUGCCUCAUAUCUUUCCUCCCCCGUGUAAACGAUGGAUGUGGAGGAAGCAAAAGGAAAGCUGACUGCAACGGGAUUAACAGACUUUGAGUUCAGCACAUUAUCAUGUUUUUAAUGUUAUAACUGUAUGUCCCAUUCUUUUAUUGUUUAGUCACUCAUUAGUGUGUAUUACAUGUGAGCAGUAUUUUAGAAUCUGUAAAAUGGCACAAAUCAACAUGACCUUCACGGGGAAGAGGGAGGAAGACCUUCUACGAGUGUGUGUGUGUGUGUGUGUGUGUGUGAGUGUGUGAGUGAGUGUGUGUGUGUGUGUGUGAGUGUG